CGUGGCAAAGAACGAAUAUUUCUCAAAGACACCAACCACCAUUAGAUUUCAAAUAAACAAGGAUAGCUCUUGCAAUCAAAUAUGAGAGGUUUAAAAAUAUUAGAGCGAAGCGGAAGACAAGUCUGUCAAAUUCUUACAGUUCAAAGAUGUCAAUAUCAUGACAUGUCAAGGGCUUGUCUGAUUGGAACUGGUGCUGAAAAUUUUCCUGAGUUUGAGGACAACAAGGCAAAGAUGGCUGCUGCUGUUCAAGACCUGGAAAGGACUAUUUCCAGAAUAAAACAAGGUGGGGAUGAAAAAGCAAGGAAGAGACAUACUUCUAAAGGAAAAUUGUUACCCAGAGAUAGGAUAUCCUGCUUGUUGGAUCCAGGUUCACCAUUUCUGGAGUUGUCUCAGUUGGCUGGACACAAGUUGUAUGGUGGUGAAGAGGUCCCUGCUGGGGGGAUUAUCACUGGUAUUGGUAGAGUGUCAGGAGUAGAAUGUAUGAUUGUUGCAAAUGAUGCAACUGUCAAAGGUGGAACAUAUUACCCAAUAACAGUUAAAAAACAUCUCAGAGCUCAGGAAAUUGCUCGGGAAAACAGGUUACCGUGUGUUUACCUUGUUGACUCAGGUGGAGCUAAUCUUCCAAGGCAGGCUGAAGUGUUUCCUGACAAACUUCAUUUUGGCCGAAUAUUUUACAAUCAGGCAACUAUGUCUUCCAAGGGAAUCGCUCAGAUAGCGGUAGUCCUUGGCUCUUGUACGGCUGGUGGAGCAUAUGUGCCUGCUAUGGCUGACGAGAGCAUCAUUGUCAAACAACAGGGGACUAUCUUUCUUGGAGGGCCACCUUUAGUUAAAGCUGCUACAGGGGAGGAGGUAUCUGCUGAAGAGCUGGGUGGGGCUGACUUACACUGCAAAACAUCUGGUGUGACAGAUUACCAUGCAGUUGAUGAUUUUCAUGCCCUUCAACAAACUCGACAGUGCAUUAAGAAUCUCAACUACCAGAAAACUUUACCAGUUCAUGUACCGAGAGAACUUCCCAAGGAGCCUCUCUAUCCAGCUGAUGAUCUUUAUGGCAUUGUAGGCGACAACUUAAAGAAACCUUUUGACGUGAAAGAAGUUAUUGCAAGGAUUGUUGAUGGAAGUCAAUUUGAUGAAUUUAAAGCCAUGUAUGGGGACACUUUAGUGACAGGUUUUGCCCAAAUUCAUGGCUAUCCUGUAGGAAUCAUUGGAAACAAUGGAGUUUUGUUUUCUGAAUCAGCCCUCAAGGGAGCACACUUCAUACAGCUCUGUUGUCAGCGAAAAAUUCCCUUGCUUUUUUUGCAAAAUAUAACAGGUUUUAUGGUUGGUAAAGAUUACGAGGCUGGUGGCAUUGCCAAAAACGGAGCAAAAAUGGUAACUGCUGUGUCGUGUGCACAAGUACCAAAGAUAACUGUCAUUAUAGGUGGCAGUUUUGGGGCUGGAAAUUAUGGAAUGUGUGGGCGGGCUUACAGUCCCCGUUUUCUGUACAUGUGGCCAAAUGCUCGUAUUUCAGUGAUGGGAGGUGAACAGGCAGGAACCGUACUGGCCACUAUCACUAGAGACCAGAGGGCAAGAGAAGGAAAACAGUUGACAGCAGAAGAAGAAAAACAAAUUAAAGCUCCAAUAAUCUCGAGGUUUGAAGAAGAAGGCCAUCCUUACUUUUCGUCCGCCAGAUUAUGGGAUGACGGUGUAAUUGAUCCAAUAGACACACGGACAGUCCUGGGACUCAGUUUAAGUGCAGCCUUGAAUGCACCAAUCGGUGAUCCUAAAUUUGGCGUGUUCAGAAUGUGAUAAGAAAUGCUACUUAGAACCAGGCUGGCUCUUCACGGGAUCUACUAACAGUGUCUCCACACAGUGAAUUCGCUUCUUUGUCGGACCGGCCUGAAACAUUCUCCAAAUAUUGGUUUAUUGACUGCUGGAUUCUCUUCAUUCCAGAAAAAACCUUGAAAAGCUUUUAAUGUCAUCGUUCGUACCAAGUGCCUAUGCAUACACAAUAUAUAAGAAACUUCAUAAGGAUUCUACACAAAGAACUUUGGAAAAAAUAUGGGCGUGGCCUUCAGAACCUCUUAAAACUCAGGGUCUUUGUGCCCUAAUCUGCUCAAACAUCGACUGAAUAGUAUUUUGAUUAAAUGUCACACUCUAUUUUUUUUUUACCAACAAAAAAACAAAGUAAACUCGCUGAAAAAGAUUCAAAUUGUAACAGUACUCCAUAUUUAAUGUUGCUUUUCUAAGUUAAAUGAUAAAUGUAAGAAAUAUUUUUUGAUAAGGAUGUGGAAUUUGAAUUUAAAAAAGUACGAAAAAAAAAAUAGAUGAAUUACUCACCUCACGACGAAAAGACUGCUUUCACUCCAGGAUACGACCUCGCGAGCCUUUCUCAACAAAUUAUUACUUGUCUGAGGUCUGCCUUUGUUUUAGGACAGCAACGCACUUCCCUUUCGCUUUAUAUUUAUCAUCUUUUCAGCCUUCGUGUAGUCGUAGCCCCCCCCCCCCCAAAGGAGAAAUGGUUCUCCUUGGGAGGGAGGUAGGGGGAGUGGGGGCUACAUGUAGGCUCCAUCAUGGAGAAUCAUGCUAGGAUAUUUUUGUGGUACCAAACGUUUUCAUUUACUGAGACUACUUUAAAAUCGAUAAAGUUCA